AUUCAACGAUUAAGUAAAUAUCGCUUGCAGUAGUAAUGGAUAACCAAAAUGCCAUCGAGUUCUUUGAAGGCCAAAACCUUUUGUACAUGCAGAUAUUUGGUAACCUAAGACCUGUGUGUCUUAUGUGGGCUUGCGAACUAGGUAUUCCAGACAUAAUAUCCAACCAUGGGAAACCCAUUACUCUUCUUGAGUUGGUCUCAGCCCUGCAAAUUCCACCAUCUAAGGUGGGUUUUGUGAAGCGAUUCAUGCGCUUUUUGGCACACAAUAGAAUCUUUGAUAUCCAUGAGAGCCAGGAAGAUCAUCAUGAAUUAGCGUAUGCUCUAACUCCUGCAUCAAAGCUUCUAGUCAAUGACAGUAUCCAUUGUUUAUCUCCAAUGCUUCAGUUCAUGACUGAUCCGUUUUUAACGAAUGCAUACCAUCACUUGGGGGAAUGGAUGCGCGGCGAUGACCCCACAUUAUGUGAGACAGCCUUUGGGACAACCCUUUGGGGACUUCUUGAGAAAAAACCUUCAUACAAUAGUCUUUUCAAUCAGGUUAUGGCAAGUGAUUCCCGGAUGGUAGACUUGGUACUAAAAAAUUGCACUUCGAUUUUUGAGGAGCUAGAUUCCAUCGUGGAUGUAGGUGGUGGAACUGGAACCACAGCCAGAAUUAUUUGUGAGACAUUUCCUAAGUUGAAAUGUGUUGUGCUUGACCUUCCUCAUGUUGUAGCAAACUUGACGGGAAGCAAUCGUUUAAGUUUUGUCGGAGGCGAUAUGUUCAAAUCUAUCCCUCAAGCCGAUGCAGUCCUACUAAAGUGGGUUUUACAUGAUUGGAAUGAAGAAAAUUGCAUAAAGAUCCUGAAAAGGUGUAAAGAUUCUAUUUCAAGCAAAGGCAACAGAGGGAAAAUAAUAAUCAUAGAUGCAGUAAUAAAUGAAAAGCUAGAUGACCAGGAUAAGACUCAAACAAAGCUCUGUAUGGAUAUAGCUAUGAUGAUCGCUUUUAAUGGAAAAGAGCGAACUGAAGAAGAAUGGAAACAACUCUUCAUUGGAGCAGGAUUCCAACACUACAAAAUAUAUCAUACUUUUGGUUUUAGAUCUCUUAUUGAGGUCUAUCCUUAAUGCUUAGGCACUAUAUAUCUCAUAUUAAAUUAUUUUUUUUCCUCUAAUUUAUUAUUUAGGUUUAAUUUAAUUUUUAAAUUUAGAAAAUUGAUUAUUUUGAUCCUUUAAUUUUUAAAGUCAAUUUAUUUUUUUAGAAAAGUAUGUAUUUUAUAACGGUUUCAAACCACUUAGUAAUAGUUUCAAAUCGUCGUAAAAUAUGAUGUUUUACAAUUUAAAUUGAAAAAUUAAAUUGAAUUAUUUUAAAAAAAAUUAAAGGAUCAAAUUAAAUUAAAAAAUUAAAAAGUUAGUUUAAAUCUAAAAAAUAAAUUAGAGGACAAAAUAUUAAUUUAAUGUAUAUGUUAUGGUGUAUGUUUCUCAACGUCACAAGAUAUUGUGGUGAUGUGUCAAACAAUUCAUAUGUUGUGUGUUGUAGUUGAAUAAAGAUGUCAUAGGAAUGUAGCUAGGCAGCUAGCUAGCACUGUAAGCAUGGUGGAUCUUAUUGGUUAAGUGAUUAAAUGUAUUACGUCUGAAUUUCUCC